CUCAAGAUUUUACCCUUCUUAGUCUCAAACCUCACCAAGAACCAAACAGCCCCGAUUUCUGUGCAAGUGGUCCGAAUAAACUUGAGUUAAAGCCAACAGUGAAGAAUCUCCUUAUUUUCAAGUAAAUUUAAAUUAAAUCUGAAACGAUAUUGAAAUUGACAAGCAUCUUGCUGUUGUCAUCUAGAGCUGGAGGAUCCACUUAACAUAGGGCCCACUACUAUGAUUUCUACGAAAACUGUCUUACUAGUUCUUUUCUGCACCAUCACAGCAAACAAGAGCCCAGCAGAAGCCUCUUUCAAUUGCGAAUCUCUGUCUGACAAGUGCAGAUGCACGAAACAUUACGGAUUAUGGAUAGAAUGUUCAAUUGGAGAUCCUUAUUUCUUUGUCGGAAUCGCACCAAAAACAAUUACAAUUGACUGCUACAGAAAAAAGGAAUUCGACUACAAAAUGUUUCCAGUGAUGAACAUAACUGCUACUCCGAAAGUAAUAAUCAAAGGAUGUCCUUUGUCAAAGAAUCAAACACUGGCCACAUUUUUGGAAAGAUUUAUUAUUGGGCGUGUUGGCACCGUGGCUUUCUGGGGCAUCCCAAACAUGGAUCGUGCAGUAACUCCAAAGUUUUUACAGGGCUUGAGUGAUUUGGAAAGCUUACAUCUGGCCAGUAGUAGUUUGAACCAGAUACCGAAUAAUUUUUUCAGCGACUUGAAGAAGUUAAGAAGGCUAGACUUGGUACAAAAUCAUCUUCAUCUGACAAAAGACAUUUUCAUCAGUUUGGGUCAGCUCCAUUCCUUAGAGCUUAGGUCCAAUCGUCUGCAAUACCUGGAUCCCGGUAUAUUUCGGAAUCAAAAACAAAUGGAAGAUCUAAGUCUGCGGGGAAACAAACUCAAAAAUCUCAGCAAGAACACAUUCAUUGGAGCGUCAUCAGUAACAUAUCUUGAUCUGAGUGGGAACGAACUUACAACACUGGAAUACGACGUAUUUCAGCUGCUUCCGAAUUUACAUUUUAUUGAUUUAAGCUGGAACAACUUUUCAACGCUGCCUAAGAAAUUGUUUUCGAAAAACCAAAAACUGCAAAGUAUACGUCUGAACGGAAAUAAACGGCGAAUGGAAUCGUUACCGUCCGAUUUUCUAGCGUAUCAUUCAAGGAUGAUCAAUGUCAGUAUAUCGGCAUCAAUAACAUGUCUGACAAGUGAAACUUUUGCAAAUCAAAUUCAUUUGAUUUAUUUGGACCUAAGCCGAAAUGAGUUAACUAACCUACAUGAUGAUGUAUUUAAGAACACAGUAUCUCUCGAAGUCCUUCGUUUAUCAUCUAAUAGACUGAAGAGUAUAACAAGAGAUAUUUUCCGCAACCUCCACAAACUAGUAGAACUCGAUUUGAGAUACAACGACCUUCAUAGUAUCGACCUGCAUGCUUUCAAAGGAACACACGAACUUCGAAUACUAAGGAUCGAAUACAACAAUUUGUCUUCGGUUUCGAGUGGAUUUGGGGAGAACGAAAAGUCACCUUUCGAAGGACUUUCGAAACUAGAGGAAUUGAUUCUACAAAAAAAUCGCAUCACUCAUGUUUCCAGUGGCUGGAUACAUAGUCUACCGAAUUUGAAGAACUUAGACCUUAGUUACAAUCGGUUGAUAUGUAACUGCAGCUUACUCCCUUUCGUCCGGUACCUGAAUAGAUCUAACCAUCAUGAACUUGAACCGCGACCACAGAUUUCCACAAGCACAUUAUAUUGCUCGGAACCAGAGGAACUAAAGGGUCAGGAUAUCAUGAGUUUGAAUUAUAAACAAAUGUUAUGCCAACACAAGUCAUGUCCUAGCAUGUGUAUAUGCUGGACUCGCUAUGACCAAACCCUUAUUGUUAACUGCUCAAGUUCUAAUUUAGCUAAAGUACCUUCAUUGCACGAUGUACUUACAUCGAAUAUCAAAUCAAUUGUUUUGCAUAUUGCCAACAAUAACAUAACCACACUUCCAGACAAUCACUCUCCAGGAUAUUCGCUAGUGAGCGAACUGUAUGCCAGCAAUAAUAGUAUUUCACGUUUCGCAGAACCCAAUAUCCCAACAAAUUUACAAGUGCUAGAUCUGUCAAAUAAUACACUCACCCAAAUCGAUGCCACCGUUUUCAAAAGGAUCAAACAAAUCAAUCAAACAUCACAUUUAUAUUUCGGAGACAAUCCUUGGCAAUGUGAUUGCAAUGCCCUGGGGCUCCUGUCUUUCAUUCGGACUAACUCCGAACGAAUUCAAGAUUUGAAUUUUAUAAAGUGUUCCACUGGUGCCAGGUUUUCAACACUCUUUCCGAAGGAUUUAUGUAAAGAAAGCAUAGUUUUCGAGGUCCUAGCUUAUAUUGCAGCUGCACUUGGUGUGAUCUUCGUAGUCUUAGGCGGUUUGAGCUAUCGGUUCCGAACCGAAAUCAAAGUUUGGUUAUUCGCACAUAAUAUGUGUUGGCACCUUGUUACCGAGCAGAAUAUUGACGAUGACAAGAAAUAUGAUGCCUUCAUAUCAUACUCACAUAAGGAUGAGGAUUUUGUUAUUGAAAAUCUGUUACCAAACCUCGAAAAUGGUCCAAUACCUUACAAACUUUGUCUACAUGAGCGCGACUGGUUACCUGGCGAAUUCAUUCACACUCAAAUUAUUCAAUCAGUAAAUGAUUCCCGACGCACGAUAAUUGUCCUCUCACCAAACUACCUUGAAUCAGUUUGGGGAUCAUUGGAAUUCCAAAUUGCUUAUAAAGCCGCUCUGGAAGAAGCCCGGACUCGGAUUAUUAUUAUAAUGUACCGCGAUAUCGGGAAUAGUGUCGAUGUUGGUCCUGAACUAAAAUCUUAUUUAAAUACAAAUACUUAUAUUAAAUGGGAUGAUCCUUGGUUUUGGGAAAAAAUGCGACAUGCAAUGCCCCAUCCAGUAUAUAGGCAAACCACUAAUUUUUGUUUUUAACAGAUACUGCCUUGUGCGGUAUCAAAUGAAAGAUCUCCAAUGAUACUCUUCGAAACAGAUUUUAAUUUCGACUUCAAUUGUAAAGUGGAGAAAACGUCAAAUAAAUUCCAUAAAGUCGAUUCUCAGAACUUACUAACUCCAAGAGGUCAUGGUGAUGCUCCUUUGUGACGUCUAGGCCUCAAAAGGCCUUCUAUGCAUUAAUAAUAAUAUAUUACCAUAUUUUGAAAAUUUAUUGAAAUCCCCCCUUAAGAUCAUCUUAGCAGUAUUAUAGAUCUUAACAUAGACCAUCAUAAUAAGAAAUUUGGUGGAAAACCUACUAUUGUUAACAAAAUUAUAAUAAGUUGAAGUUGUUUGUUUUGCGUUGAAUUACUGCUCCCUAAGGUGUGUACAUAGAAGAGCAGAAUUAUGUUUGUUGAAAGUUUU